CACUAGAGCUCGUCCCCGUUCUCGCCGAACGAAACCCUCAUCGCCCCUCUCUCUCCCCUUCUUCCUCUUCCCCUCCACUCCCCCCCCCUCCCCCCCCGAGAUCUCCGGAUCGAUCGAUCGAUCGAUCGAGGACUGCUCCGGCGAGCGGCCAUCGUUGCAGUCACCCUCUCCGGCCUCCGAAGCUUAGUAGAUCGCCGCCCGGCCGGAACCCUAGCCUGUGGAAUCUUUCCGCAGCCGCCUUCAGGUAAAAUACUGGGGAUUAACUAGGUGGCUUGGAAAUCUUGUUGUACAGGUUUCCACCCAUUCUAACAUUCCAGAAUUACAUUCUAUAUCCAUUUCAGCUUUCAAUUAUUAUCUUAUUGUUGGGUCUUAAGAGCAACAUAAUUCAGCUGUUCAAAUAUUAGGACAGCAUAAUUUGCUAGGACAAAAGGUGUUCAGAUGAGGUUUAGCUACAAUUAUUACCAUACAUAUCACAAAAUUUCCUGCCAGUGCACAUUAUCCAUGCAACACUUGUGUUUAUCUGCAUAUUUUUAAUGCAAUAACUGUUUUAUAAGUAUAUUUAGGGUCUCUAGUUGCAAACAUGUCAUCUUAGAAUAAAGUGUUGGUUCAUAACUUAAAAGUAUCAUACUGCAUGUGUUUUGCUGUCAUAUAGUCCACUUGAUUGUUAUUUAUUUAUUCAUUUGUUUGUUUGUUUUAUUUUUGGGAGGGUGCGUGUUUUGUACCAAUUGGCACAUAUAUGCACGAGUGCAUUUAAGUGCUAAACCGGUAUUUUGUGUGCACGCAUGCAUUUGGGUAUCACGGUAACUAGCUUGUAAGUUGUUUUAGAAGCACACAUGUUCAAGACUUAAUAUAUGGGAAUUGGUAUCUUUCCUAUGGCUUAGGAUACCAUACUUAGUUGGAUGAUUUAAAUCAUUUUAGUUUAAAGCAUGUAUACUUUUUUGCCUGAGAGAAUUCUAAGUUGCGUUAUUACAAGCGGUAAUAUGUUUUAUGGCAUAUUGUAACAUGCCUCUCUCGACAUGUAGCAUAUAUUCCCAGGAGGUUUUUGUUGCAUGUUAGCAUGAACAGUGUACGAUAAGCAUGCCAUGCUGGUUGCUGACUGAGAAUGUUAUGGCACAUAAUGUGUUGGGUCUUGGUCUCAUCCACAUAAUUGCUUGAUAUGUAUGUGUAUAUCUAUGUACUUAUUUGUAUGUGUAUGCAGUCAAAUGCUAUAUGCUUAUUGGAUAUUGACACUUCUUAGGGAUUUUGGGCAAUUGACCUUUUGUUAAUGCUUGAUCUGCCUUCCCAUUCUUCUUCCUUUUAAUCUCGCUUCAAGCAGUAAUUUUUGAUGCCUCCAGUAUGUUUUUUUGCAUCUUUUUUUGUUUGCGGAGAUUGAAAUCACGUUUCAAGCUGAAAUUUGAAAGCAAAUGAAAUACAAAUUUCUUUGCAUCAGCAGAUUAAGUGAUUUCUUUCCCCUUUUUUUGGUUUUUUGGUAAGUUCACUGUGUUUGAAUAUGAUAUUUAAUACUUCAGUGGUUCAAGCUACAGAAUUUCAACAUGUAGUAGUUCUGAGAAGUCCUCUAUUCUUUGUUUUAUCGUUGAAUGCUGAAGAACAAUAUUAUUUUGGUAGUAUGUAAUUUCAAGCUUUCAAAGGUUUAAAUGAUUGCGAUGUAAGGGCCUGAAGAUGGGAUAUUUAUUGGACAGUUUGGUUUUGAAGAUUCCACUAGAAAGGCUGGCCAUGAGGGUUGGUUUUUUAUUAAUACCAGUAUAACUGUGUCUGUUUGUGCAUCCAUUACAGGAUAGAUAUCCAAACAAUCUGCGCCCAAAACCCGAGAAAGAUCAUCAAGAACCUUGCAGGGUAACACUGGUGCAGCCUGCAAGAAAUGGACCCUGGGCGUUAUGUUCUACAACAAGGAUGGGAUACUAAUAGCGCAUUGGAGGGGUACGGUGCAGUCCAUGAGCCAGAUUUCAGGGCUGGUGGGUCAUAUGGUGGUAGAACGUUUCUGAAUGAAAGUUACUCUAGAGAAUCUGUUUAUGGAACAAGUGCACUCCACCGGGAUAUACUUGAAAGGGAUGUCUAUCCACCACCAGCAUCUGUUGGUGGCAUCUGGCCUCAGCCUAGAAGUUUUGAUGAAGAAUAUGCACUCAUCAGGGACUCUAGAAGACAUGCCGAUUCAUUUCAUGAGAUGGAUAGUUAUCGUGACACAGAGAAGUAUCAUGAAAUUGAUUCCUUUCAUGAAGUUGAUAAAUUUCGUGAUAAUUACCGCAAUGUUGACAGGUAUUAUGACACAGAUGGUUACCGUAGUUAUGGAUAUGAUAGGCAUGCAAGGUUGAGUGGUAGAGAUCAUGAUGAGACUGGCAGUGACUAUGAAUUCCGACAUCGUGCAUCUCGUCGUAGCAGGGAGAACAGUCAUGAAAGAGAUUAUGAUUAUGGUCGAUACAAUUAUGAGUCCGACCAUGAGAGGUGCAGGAGGGAUGGUAGUUGGAGAAGACGUGAAUCCCGUGAUCGUGAAUGUGAAAAGAGGGGUAUGAGCUGGGAAAGAGACCAAAGUCCAUAUAGACGUCAUGACUGCUCUCGAUCCCAUGGGCAUGAUGAUCGGUCCAGAUCAAGAUCUCCUCGAGGUAGGAGUCAUGGCCGGAGUCAAAGGGAGGACAGUUAUGAUGAUAGUCGAUAUGAGAGGAGCGAGAGAAGAAGGGAUCAUUACCGUGAUGAGAAAAGUCGCAAUGACUCUGCAGUUGCUCCAUCAGCCACAGUAGUUGUGAAGGGUUUGUCACAGAAGACGACUGAAGAAGAUCUGUAUCAAAUACUUGCUGAGUGGGGACCCCUUCGUCAUGUGCGUGUGAUUAAAGAGCGAAAUUCUGGCAUCUCUCGUGGAUUUGCUUUUAUUGACUUUCCGACUGUGGAAGCUGCUCGCAGCAUGAUGAAUGGUAUUGGAGAGAAUGGUCUUGUAAUUGAUGCAAGGAAACUGUUUUUUGAAUACAGUAGUAAGCCAACUGGUGGGGCAGGUGCACCAUCUUUAGGACAAGAAAGCACGGUAAAGUCAAGUCAUGGAUACAGCAGAAUAGGUGCACCUUGUGACUGGAUUUGUACCAUUUGUGGCUGUGUAAAUUUUGCACGCCGGACAUCCUGUUUUCAGUGCAAUGAGGCUCGGACAGAGGAUGCUCCUCCAGCAGAUAUUGCAACAGCCAAUCCAAUACCCCCAGGGAAAAGGGGAUCAGAGGCUGGCCCUACUCAUGUUUUGGUCAUCCGUGGGUUGGGUGAAAAUGCUGAUGAGGAAAUGCUUCGGUAUGAAUUCUCCAAGCAUGCUCCAAUAAAGGAUAUUCGCCUUGUUAGGGAUAAAUUCACCCAUGUGUCCAGGGGAUUUGCUUUUGUGCAUUUCCAUUCGGUGGAGGAUGCUACAAAAGCUCUUGAAGCAACGAACGGGAUGACACUUGAGAAAAAUGGUCAAGUGUUACGUGUAGCAUAUGCAAAAAGCAUACAUGGACCUGGGUCGGGGGCUCCACAGUCAAGCAGUCUUGCAGCAGCUGCAAUUGAAGCAGCAACAUUUGCUCAACAGUAUGAUGCUGUUGGUUGGGCACCCAAGGAGUACAAUCCUGAUGAGAAGCAAUCUACUAGUGCUUUGGAGCAAAAUACAAAAGUAGAAGCCCAAAAAGGUGGUUCAGCUCCCCAGUCUGGGUUCGUGUGGGAUGAGAAAUCUGGUUAUUAUUAUGAUGCUGCAUCUGGCUUCUAUUAUGAUGGAAAUACAGGCCUCUAUUAUGAUGGUAACAAUGGAGUUUGGUAUUCCUAUGAUCAUCAAAGUCAGCAAUAUGUCCCGUGUAUGGACCAAAGCAAUAAUAAGCCAUCCGAAGAGUCGGCUAAUGAAGCUUUAAAAGCAUCAGAUGGAACUAAUAAGAGGAAAGUAGUGAUAUCUGCUCCUGCAGCUACUAUAAAAUUGAAUGAGAAAUCCUCAUUGCCUGAUGCUGUCCAAGCUGCUGCUACAGCAGCCUUAGCUGCAGAAAAAAAAGAAAAAGAGAAAUUAAAAGAGAUAAAAUGGGCAUCAAAGAGUAGCCUUCUGGCUAAUAAGAAGAAGAUCAAUAACGUGUUGGCAAUGUGGAAGCAAAGAAAUCUCGAGGGGCAGGCUGCUCGUGUUGUUCUUGAUGAUGAGCCAUCCAGCUCAACUGAUGAUAAACAGAGGAAUUCCUACAAUGCUUCAGCAGUCAUAUCUGUGAAAAACAAACCGAAAUCUGAUUUUUCAACUGCAAAGGAGGUGGCUAGCAGCUCAAACUAUACUGCAGCUGUUGGCCGUGGGGCCGCUCAAUCUCUCCCUUCUCAAACAGUGGAUAUGGAUUCUCUGAUUAAGCCGAGGCCUGUAAGUAAUAGUUUAGGAGGCACCAUCAUGGGUGUCAUAAGAGGUUCUGGGAGAGGGUUGAUAAAGUCAGAUACAACAUUUUCUGGAUCAUCAAAUGAGGGUGCUACUCUUGCAUCAACCGCUGUUGCACGUGCCACUGGAACAUCCUUAAUGAAUGUUGAUGCACCUGCUUCUGCUACUCCCUUCAAAACAGAGGCAUCAGCACUAGGUUCAUACGGGUCAACUGUGGCUACUGGGACAGGCAAGCGGAGGUUUUCUGAGACACCAAUGCAAUCAACUCACAGAGAACAGUCUCUGACAGCAUAUAGAGAUCGGGCAGCAGAGAGAAGAAGCCUGUAUGGAUCAUCUUCUGUUGGGGAUGACCUGUCGGAGUCUGGGCUUGGGGAUUCAAGUUGUGACCAUCCACGUAAGGUAUCUUCAUCUGAAAUAGGGGCAAUGCCCUUUCCCCCAGGAGUUGGUGGGCGGGCCGCUGGUGAUACACUGAGCAGCACCCAAAAUUAUGAGGUGAUCACAGCUGAUCGGGCCAUUGAUGAAAACAAUGUGGGUAACAGGAUGCUCCGCAGUAUGGGCUGGCAAGAAGGACUGGGACUGGGUAAGGAUGGAAGCGGCAUCAAGGAACCUGUCCAAGCAAAAGUUGUGGAUGAUAGGUCUGGUCUUGGUAGUCAACAGAGAAAAGUAGACCCCUCGUUGGAGGCACAGUCAGGGGAUAGUUAUCGAACCAUUAUCCAGAAGAAGGCAAUCGCAAGGUUUCGGGAGAUUGCUUAGGUGAAAUGCGAGGAGAGUUCAAAGGCUGAGCUUUCUGUCAACAGUCCUGGUCUUUCGUUGUUACUUUUUAUCUAAUUCAUGUCUCAGUCGCGGUUUUUUUGAGUUAUUUAUAGCUUUCUUUGUGAUUUGAGUAAUGAUUCUGCCUUCUUGCUGCUGGACUGUCUUGUAAAUUUUUAUGGUUCAAGUCGAACUGUGUUUUCUAUUUUACCCACUACAGCCCGCUGGAACAAAGUUGGAUUUCUUUUUAAUUUGGCUUUUAUGGCCUCUCCUUUGGUUGUGGUC